GCGGCUCGACGUGUCGGCGCCCGGCGCCGAGAGCAAGAAGGACGACGGCGACCUCGCCGUGCCCAUGGACAAGAACGGCCGCCCGCUGGUCAAGUUCCUCAAGUGGCGCAUGACCCGCAAGCAGCGCAUCCUGCUGAUCUGCGGCCUCGUGGUCAUCCUGCUGGCCGUGAUCCUGCUCGUCGUGUUCCUGGCCGUUAUCCCGGCCGUGAUCCAGCACUACGUCAACUCGGUGGACCUCACCAUCAACUACCUGGACGUCAAGGGCGUGCCCAGCGACUCGACGCUCACCGUGGAGCUCAGCCUCAACGUGCAGCACGACAUCGCCAUCGCCGCCACCACGGACGACAUCGCGGCCUCGCUGCUGUACGGCGGCGUGGCCUUCGGCUCCGUGGUCAUCCCGGGCCUCGACAUCAAGACGGGCGAGCAGGACUACAACCUCACGGUGGACGGCACGCUCACGCUCUCGGACGUCGACACCUUCAACCUCAUGGCCGAGGGCCUCGUGGAGGACGCCGAGGUGGAGCUGGGAGCCGAGGCCUCCAUCAAGGCGCACGCCCUGGGCCUGACCUACGGCGGCCUGAGCCUCGAGCGCACGCUGCCCAUCAACGGCUUCAACCAGUUCAGCGACCCGGUCCCGGAGAUCGACUACAUCAACUGGUUCGGCUGCACCAACGACGUGUACCAGAUGGACAUCAACGUGACACUCUACAACCCGGCCACUAUGGGCCUGGACGGCAUCGGCGCCCUCAACCUGAGUCUGUACUACUCCGACAGCUACCUGGGAUACGCCGAAUCGCUCAAGCCCGAGCUGGGUCUGCCCCGUGGCGAGAGCGUGCAGCUCUUCCGCGCCACGGUGCCGCAGGGCUCGACGGCGCUCAAGGCCAUGGCUCUGGGUGUCGUGGCCAAGAAGGCGCAGUUCUACAUCACGGGCGACAACCCGUACUCGACGCAGUACACGCAGUUCCAGGAGGCCAUCAGCAAGGUCAACAUGAGCAUCGUCUACACGGACGGCCUCUCGAGCCUGGGCUUCAACACCUCGUGCAACAUCCUGUCGCUCCUCGCGUAGGAGAGCAAUGUAUUAGACCACGGUAGCCAUUAGCACAGCAAAGCGAGCACGGCUUAUACGGUAAUAAAAGUCAGUUCGCC